GUCUCACGCGGACUAGUUAAAUUCCUGUGUUAUGAUGACAGUGUCUAUGUAUUUCAGUAGCGAUGUGGUCCACAUUCUUCGUGUUUAUUGGUACUUCUAGAAGAAACUUUCUUCCACGGUGUGGACAACCGUGAAGUCAUGACCGCCUUCAUACAUCUAACAGCACUUAAGACCACUGUAUUGAUGAUCAAUUUCUCUCUUCAAUUACUAUUAUUCCUCCUACUUCGACUGUCAACUCUAAACUUCCUCCCCAAGUGUCACCGUAGCCAACGAUUCUAGUGCGCGAAAUACUGUCUUAGGUCUACUGGAACCUCGCUUCAAACUACACAUUGAAACCUUCGACGUACGUACCCUAUGUUAAGUCGGCUAACAGGUCUUCUUGGCUAAGACCCUAGAAUCUCGUACCAUUGAUGUAUGAUGUGUCUCCAAAAUAUGCAUACAGGAUCCUAGUGUGGUCACUGACUUGACCUCACCUAGUCAAAACAGGCAGUCAACUAGAUAUACCCUCCAUUUAUCUGCCGACCUGAUGGCUAGUUUUUGUGGACUGGUGGGUGUAGGCAUAGCACUUAGUACGAGGGCAGAACAAGCACUAUUAGAAUGGAUCCCCGUUAACAAUCACACAUGUGCUGUUCGGCUAAACAGCUUCGUAAGAACUCGGAAGGAUAGCGACACACGUUGCCAUUUCGUCGUUUCUGCCUACGCUUUCACUGAGUGCAGCCCAGAUGAAGUAAAAGAUGACUUACAGAAAGCUUUUUGUACUUCUUCAGACGCUCAGACAUUGUAAUCGUUGCAGGUGACUUUCAUACCCGAGUAGGUAGCUUUAAACCAAAUAAAAAACAUUUAGGUGUGUAUCUUGGUAUUCUGGCCCAGCGAACAGAUAAUGAUGACGGUGUGUUGCAUCUGUGCUCAGAUAAUCGUUUGUUUCUAACAAUCACUAAUUUUAAGCAUAAGGAAAGACAUCGUCUAACAUGGUCACCCCCUGCACCGACCAACAAUGGCCUUAAAUGGACCGUAUUGCCAUCAGUCAUCAGUAGGAGACCGCCGUUCGUUCUAGAAUACAUGUUUACACUCUGAUCAUGCUGUGAUACGAGCAUGCAUUCGCUUGUGCCUCGCUGGAUACAGAAAAGCCACAUUAAGAAAACCCAUCAGAGUUGAACUCAACGACGAGAAAGCCAAAGGUAAUUUCCAGGAACAACUGGAGUUACAUUUAGGUAAUCUAGAAAACGAGGCUGACCCAGAUGUUGCUUGAAAAGAUAUACGAACAGCUGUGGAAACAGCAUCUACAUCUACUGGUGAUUUGAAUGGAAGGGUUUUGAAAAACUAGUAGAUUUCUGAUACAUCCAUUGCACUAGUAGACUCGUAAACUUACCACAUCGGGCUCUGAACACGAUGACGAGCGAAGAAAAAUCAGAUGUAGGCUAACCAAAAGUUUACGGAACGGUCGUAAGCAGUGGUGGGCGAUGAAAGCAAGAGAUGAAAAAGGCAGCGACUGUGGGUAACACAAGACAGCUUUUCAGACUAAUAACAGAAACCGAAAUUAAGAAGCCAAGCGUGAGACAAUUGCCGAAAAAUAUGACACUUAUCUACUCUCAGUUCAGACGUUUAGAACGAUGGGUGAAACACUUUAAGGGACAGUUCAGCUGGCCAUCAGCUACUUUACAGCUACCCACCAUUCCCAAACACCAUGAAUGGAACAUUGAAAUAGACUCCCUGACUCUAAUUGAUGUUCUAAAAGCCGUAGCUAUUCUGAAACAAAAAAGAGCAGCUGGUCCAGAUGAACUAACUCCAGAGGUCUUUAAGGAGGUUGGUCUAGUUUUAGGUUGACUAAUAUUUUAGCUAAUAUCUGAGAACUGAAUGUAAUCCCAUCUGACUGGCUGUAAUCCAUGAUUGUCCCAAUAUAUGAGAAGGGGUCAAAAUCAUCCUGUGAUAACCAUAGAGAGAUUAGUUUGACUAACAUAGCAUCUAAAAUACUAGCCUCAAUAAUUAUCGGACGCCUAACAAAGAUUCGUGAACCGCAACCACGAGCAAAUCAGUCUGGCUUCAGACCUUUUCGUGACUGCAUCGACCACAUAUUUACCAUUCGUCAGAUCUUAGAACACUAGCAUGCUUAUCGGGGUUCGACAACGGUGGUCUUUCUUGACUCAAGAGCAGCAUUCGACUCUGUAGACCGAGGGGUUCUGUGACAAUGUCAUUGAAAGGAGUGCCUCAGUAGUACCCAAACUUAUUAGAGGCUCGUUACUCGAAUACUACCAGUCGAGUCAAAGCCUAUGGCGAACUGUCAUCUGGUUUUGCAAACCCAAGUGGUGUCCGUUAAGGCUGUCCACUAUCUCCAUUUUUGUUCAACUUCAUCAUAGACCUACUGCUGGAAAUAACGUUCUCGUCGUCUGAAUUUUCGGGAAUUGAUCUCCUACCAGGAGGUCCACUUAUUACGCAGAUGACAUAGUCCUGUUCAGUGAAAAUGCUGAUAAAUUGCAGAGUCUUUUGGUGGCAACAAUGCCAAGACGUUUGGGAUGCGGUUCUCCCCCUCUAAAUACAACUUGCUACCUUAGGACUGACCUGCGUCAACAUCUGAACUGAGUAUAGGGAGCGAAGUAGUCGGACGUGUCGACAACCUCAUUUACCUUGGAAGUCUGAUUAGCCCUAACGGGUUGGUGUCUGACGAAAUCUGUGCAUGGAUUUAGAAUGCUCGUUUGGCUUUUGCCAACUUAUGGCGAACGUUAUAUAUUCGUCUAUCAAUUAAGGGACGAGUAUACUGCGCUGCAGUUCGUUCUGUUUUAUUUUACGGAUACGAAACAUGGCCAUUAAGGGCAGAGAAUACUCGUAAGUUACUAGUAUUUGGUAAUGCAGUCCCAUGGUAGCCGGUGACCAAAAAUUGGUUCAUACGCCAUUUGUUCCUUCAAGAUACUGGAGCCCAUGUGCACCAUUGAUUUGGAGUCCGGUUAAAGCGCCGGACAUUCGCUUUUCGUCCUCUCAUUUUUGUAAACAACACCCCCGCCACGAGAAGGCAGUGAGUAGGACUUCCCUGGCAGAGGCUGUAUACGCGUGUCCAUGUGAGAGCAUUUCGAGAGGGAGAGCGGACUCUCCCCACUCUCGGCCAUACCAGGGCAUAUGGGGGCUGACUAGUGUUGGAGACAGACGGAAAAACGUUAGUGGCAGACAAGCUAAAACGUGGCAUCAGUGCUUGAAGUCACUAACUUCUGGUCUGAGCCGUGUUGGUAAAUGCAGACUACUUGGUUGAGGUCCUCGCGACUAUCGAAACUAGUGAUUGGAGACUCUGGGUGACAUGGCCAAUAAUCGAUCACAAUGGUGUAGGUGUAUACACUCCUUAUCUUCCCUUAAUCUGUGGGAUUAAAAUUAAUUUAUACCUUUCUUUCUACGAACCGAUUCUUCCUCGCUAUAUCAUAUCCUUAUAUGAAAUCCUUUUUUACUACCAUUGAAGUAACUGCUUCUAUGAGAUUGGUGUUCAUCUUGUUGUGCUAAUGAGGUAUGGCAACUUGGACCGACGCAUAUAUGUGCCUGGUCCUACGUUGUAGCUGACUGUCAGUCAUUGACAACAUAGAAUUUCAUAUUGUUCGUAUAUUUCCGUUCGCUUUCAUGUACUGAAACAUCAAAACCAAAACACAAAUUGAUAUCGGUACCUGUAGGUGACCGUGUUGUUUUGUCAUGUGGAAUCGGGGACAGUAAAUACCGUGUUUAUGAGUGGCUCGACAAUGAAAAACCAAUGGAAUUCGCUACACAUAAUGUUACUAUGCACUCUAAUGGAAGUAUAGACUUUCGACUUCGAAUGGAAAAUGCAGAUAGAAUAUUUAGCUGUUAUUCGUACAAUUCUUAUCCGAACGGCACGCAUGACUCAUUACUUAUUUUUGUGUACAACUUCGUACCAAUAGUUAAAGCAUUUCUUGCAGAGACAGUGCAUAAUGCUACUGUAGACUGGGGGUCUAUCUACAGAUUCCCAUGCAUAUUUGGAGGGACUGAUCCGCGAGAGAAUACGAUGAUACUUAAUAACCAGAUUGUUUUUGAAAUGGAGCAUAACAUUACCGAAGAUUCAAUUGUGGAGUGUAAAGUUCAGAAUUCCUUGGGUAUGGUGCAUGAUUUGGCCUACAUUACAGUUCGUCCUGAUUCUAAAGCUUGGGGAAUUAAACAUGGAGUUUCAGAUCGACAUUCUUAUUGUCAGUCGUAUUCUACAAUCCUACCUAAAUCCUCCGUAUGUUAUCCAUUUAUAGAAAAUAUUGCUAAUGAAUAUAAAGAACCUUAUUUAAUUUCGCGAUCUCGUUUAUAUUCCAAUGAAAUCAGUAAUCAAGCUGUUAAAAAUCUGUUUACCAGAUGGGACGAUUUACUAUCAUCUUCAAUGCAUUUAUCUCAAUCUAAUAAUUAUCUCAGUGAUUCUUUUAAAGGUUCAAAUACAUCUUUUAUAAAAUCAAAUCAUAUUGUAGAUACGAUAAGUUUAUCUAAUAAUAGUAGCGCUGCAUGGAGAUGUAUUAAUUUGGCUAAGCAUUUAACUUGUGCUGCAUCUUAUCCUCGAUGUGACAUUACUAACACUGAUAGAAAGUCAACUUCUGUAUUUGCCAAUUCAUAUAUUGAAUAUCCUGUUUGUUUGAAACAUUGUCUCGCUGUUACAGGCUUAUUUUGCUUCUCCUCGUUAAAAAUCUUGAAUAAUUCAGCUUUGGAUAGACUUCUCGACAUUCCUCAGAAUGAAUCUUUAAUGAAUUCCGAUUUUGUAAAAACUGGUUGGUCGGAACUGAUAAACGUACCAGAAGCCAAAAGUCAAAGUCUUCCACUGAGUUUCUCCGAUCGAUUAGUCAAUGGAACAUCAAAUCCUUUUUAUAUUUGUUCAUCUACUAAAAGUGAUAUUAUGUCUUUUGAACCGUCUAAAAAGUCUGUUUGCACUCGUUUACCUAUUGAUAGCGAAAAUCCAACAAAUUUCAUUGAAGAAAGUAAGAAAACUUCUGGUGAACAAAAUGUUGAUUGCAUCAACGGAAAAGGGGAAAAUUACAGAGGUUUAGCUACUAUGCCAGAAUGUAGACCAUGGACUAAUCUGUUUGUUCUCGAUGAUAAUAUUCAGAAUCUACAACCUGGUAUUUGGCCUGGUUUUUACAGUUUAAACAGUUUCACUUUCCCUAGAAGUUUAGGUCUUGAAGCCAGUUCGUCGGCUGUGUGUCGCAAUCCGUCUGGUUUGGCGUCAAGACCAUUCUGUUUAAGUCGAAAAGACAAUAAAGAAAAAUUUCCAGAUGUAUCUAUGAAGUCAAAGCCUAAUCAUUUUGGAGAAUGGUAUUUAUCUUCUUGUUAUCAAAUUCCUCAAUGUUCAGAGACCAGUAGCAACAGUGAUUAUCAUCAUAAUUGGACUAUUGGUGAUGUGUCGCUUAGUGGUCUAGAAACAACAGAGGCUCAGUUACAGACAAUUAUCGCUUGUUCAAUUGUUGGACUGGUUAUUGGUUUAUUAAUCAUCGGUUGUAUAAUUUGGCUGAUAAAUCGUUGUUCUAGAAAAAAUAUUGAGAAGUCGAAUAUACACUUUUCUCAAUUAGAUUUUGACAAGCCUCAAAUUACAGGGGAUGUAAAUAGUGUUAAUGAAGAAAGUGAUGAAAAUAGACAAUUUUCUGAACAUCUUUAUGAUUCUACAGAAAUUAACAAAGAAAAAUAUUUGGAGCGACGUAGAAAAUUAUUAACUCGUCGACGUAGACUUAGACAGCUUAAUCCAUGUUCCCAAUGUAUUUUUGGAGCAUAUUAUCGUAUUGUUGACUUCACACAUUUAUCUCGUACAGCUAGUCAAUCCCAUUCAGUUUUUGCUGUUACACAAUAUACUGAAGAUAUAAACAUGCCCUCAAUACCUAAUCAAAAUGUUAUGGCUAAUGUUAGCCAUAGUCGUUAUUUAUCAUCCUUAUGCCCAUGUUUCUGUUUACCUAAUUUUCUCAAAAAAUCGAAACAUGAUUCUCUCAAAAUGGUUCAAUCUGUACAUAGUUGUCCCGUGACUAGAAAUGAAUUGAUUGACGAAGAAUUUGAGGCUAAUACAUUGGGAAUGCGAAUGGAUAAGUCAAUAGUUUAUAUAACGAGUGUGCCUACAAUUAUCUCACCUCCUAAAACAAUCAACUCUUCACUAAAUACCUGUGUGGUCUGUGGGGUUGCUAGCAGUCUUUUAUCAGAUACAUGUUCAUCUUGUCGUUGUACUCAAAAUAAACAAACUGGUGUUUCAUCUGCAGUAACUACAAAUCAUCAUAUCAGUGGUGACUCUUUCUCAGAUAAUCACGUGUCGAUUGAUGACCAUGAGGUUGAUUCAGAGUUUUCUCCAACUACUCUUGGCUUGAUUGAAUCAUCCUAUUAUUCACUAUCAUCUGGGUCUGCUGAAUUAGGUUCUGCUAUAUUACCGGAAAAGUUAUUUAAUGUGGCCUCGAUGAAUCACUUACUACAUCCAAAAUUUAAAUCACUGUGCUAUCCUCGCAAUCGUCUGGUUGAAAUAUGUUGUUUAGCUAAACGUGCCUUUGGUUGGAUCAUCUUAGUACAUGCUCCAAAUUUGAAUAAACUAGUUCAUAGAAGACGUUUGUUAAGUUUAACAACUUCAGAAAGACUGGGUCUUGUCUCUUCUUGUUCACAAGAAAAAGAAAAUACUAUUGACGUCCAGUCAUCUUCCGACAAAUCAAAUAAUUGUAUCGCUGUACUGAAAAUGAUUCAAGGAGGUGCUAAUCUGAAAGCUGAAGCUAACUUCCUUCGUGAAGCUGAAAUAUUGGUUGAAUUACAACAUAGAAAUAUUAUGCAAUUGUUAGGCGUUUGUAUUCCACUGGAACCACUUUCACUCCUUAUUGAAUAUAUGCCUUUUGGUGAUUUUUAUUCAUUUUUACGCCGCUACACCGGUGAAUCACCAGGAUACAAUUCUCUUGUAGGCACAGCCAACGGGGAAAUAGUAAAUUCAUAUAGUCAAACCUUGUCACAGACUACAACGGUUUCUAAAAAGGAUUUAAUUGAGCAAUAUCCUACCAAAUUGAAUGUCGAAAUCCUCAUUGAAAUGGUGAUUGAUGCUUGUGAAGCUAUGGUUUAUUUAAGCGAAAUGCAUUAUGUACAUAGAGAUGUAGCUACAAGAAGUUUUCUUGUUGGAAAAAAGUUAAUUAUCAAACUAUCAGAUUUUUCAAUGUGUAGACCAAUUCAACCUGGUGUUGAUUUUAUCUCUACUUCUAAUGAAUGCUUGCCGAUAAAAUGGUUACCUCUUGAAUCAAUUUUAGAAGGAAAAUUUCAUACAGAUACUGAUGUUUGGUCUUUUGGAGUUUUAUUAUGGGAAGUUUUCAGUUUCGCUGUCGAACCAUUUACUGAUCUAAGUCAUACAGAAUGUUUGUGAAGGCAUCAAAUUAAGUUUACUACAUUGAUAUGUAGAAAGAUUUAUUAUCAAGAUUAUUAAACUUUUGGAACACGGUGAUCGUUUAACACGUCCAUCACAAUGUCCAGAAUCUGUUUAUCAGUUAAUGCUUAAAUGCUGGUCAGCUGAUCGUACAGAGCGUCCAAAAUUCAUUUACAUAAGAAACUGCUUAAAAGAAAUCUUCAAAGAUCUGUGAACAGUUUAACUUGGAAAUGAAGUAUUUCAAUUUUACUUACAGAGGAUCGGGCAUGAUUAUUGAUUAUUUAUUUUUUAAAGUUUUUCCAACCAAAUAUUUGUUGUUUGCGUUUUUCUAAUUAGUAGUUUUCCUAUAACUUAAUACUGCUAUAAUUUCUACUGUAUAGUGUUUUAUGUUAAAUGUUGUUUAAAUUCUUAAUCUUAAGCAAUUUUUAAAAAAAAGUUUUCUAAUCAG